GCCAUAGCGAACGUCAGCCACUGGUAUCACGGCUACUCUUGUCCAAUUACUCCACACAAUUCACCCCUCAUAAAAGCAAUCAAUAAUGGACCAAGACGAAGACGCAUACCUCUACGGAGACGAUCCAACGGCAACGGAGGAGACUUCUACUAGCAUUGCGACUCUCCAGCAAGCUCCAACUCCCCCUCCCACGACAAUACCUACGGCAAUACCUGAAACCUUACCUGAACACUCUGGAGGUGAUACACCGAUGGCAGAUAGCGCUCCCGAGCGCGCUGCCAAGGAAGACGACCUCGAGGAAGGUGAAGAGGAAGAGGAAGAAGUAGAGGAAGAGGUAGAAGUCGACGACAGCGAAGAUGUACCUACUAACACCUAAUCCAAUCCUGUGAUUCCUCAAAAAACGCUGACUUACAGCCCAGGAAAUCGAAUUCGUAAUUGAGCGGAAAGACGGUACUCGACCGGAGCCACCUCCUCAACCAUCUCGCUAUAACCAAGUCCGCAUGGCCCCUACCCGUCCCAUUCCAGAAUCCUCCGGCUCCGCAAAGGCUACGACGCCGCAACCACCAACCAGUGCAACACCACAGCCCCCAGCAGGCCCCGCACCCUCUCAACACCCCCACCCUCCAACAAGCUCUUCUUCGAAACUAGACCUGAACGGGAACCCAGCCUACCAAGGCACACCUAUAAAGUCCAUUUCCCUAGACUCGGACACGCUCCUCCCCUCCGACAAGCCAUGGCGCAAACCCGGGGCUGAUGUGACGGAUUACUUCAACUACGGUUUCGACGAAUUCACCUGGACAGCAUAUUGUCAGAAGCAAGAGUCGAUGCGGGAGGAAUUCGACCCAAGAAAAAUUAUGGAGCAGAUGAUGUUAAUAUCGGGUAUGACUGGGGGAUUGGGAAUGCCAGGGAUUGUCGUUGACCCCUCUGCCGUUAGUGUUGGCGUUGGGGGGAUGGACAUGAAUGCUGCAGCAGCCAUGAUGGGCUUCAAUCCUGCGGGAGGGGGUGGGGGUAACGCUGCCGGUGGGGCACCGGCAACAGCAGUCGGUACGAGUGCCAGUGGGGCGGAUAUGAAUAUGGUUAGUGGGAUG